AGUCUUAAAUUCUUAAUCACUUCACAUACCUCUCAAAGCAUCACUAAUCGCACUACUUCACCGCUCUGCUUUCUCUGGACACCGAGACGACGUCGUUUUACAGCAGCCAUGGCUCUCCAGUCUUUCGUCGAAGUUCACCCUGACUCUCACUUCCCCAUCCAGAACCUUCCGUACGGUGUUUUCCGGCCUGGACCGUCUGCGGAGGCUCGGCCUGGCGUGGCGAUCGGAGACUAUGUGUUGGAUCUCUCGGUGGUUCAGUCCGCCGGUCUGUUGGACGGUCCGAUUGUCGGAAAAUCCGAUUGUUUCCUGCAGCCGAAUCUCAACAAGUUCUUGGGAAUGGGGCGGGCUGCAUGGAAGGAAGCUCGAUCGACACUUCAAAAGCUGCUGUCAUCUACAGAACCAACACUGCGUGACAAUGCAAGCUUGAGGGAAAAAGCACUUGUACCAAUGAACAAGGUAGAAAUGUGUCUUCCUAUGGUGAUAGGGGACUAUUCAGACUUCUUUUCGUCCAUGCAUCAUGCAAGGAACUGUGGGAGCAUAUUUCGUGGACCAGAGGACCCGAUUGGAGCAAACUGGUUCCACCUUCCUAUUGCAUAUCAUGGGCGGGCAUCGUCUAUUGUUAUAUCUGGAACUGAUCUUAUUCGGCCAAAAGGCCAAGGUCAUCCAAUUGGCAAUUCACCAUAUUUUGGACCUUCAAGAAAGCUAGACUUUGAGCUAGAAAUGGCUGCUAUAGUUGGUCCUGGUAAUGAAUUAGGAAAGCCUGUGGAUGUUAAUGAGGCUGCAGAUCAUAUCUUUGGACUUGUGAUCAUGAACGACUGGAGUGCAAGAGAUAUUCAGGCAUGGGAAUAUGUGCCUCUUGGGCCUUUUCUUGGGAAGAGUUUUGGUACAACACUAUCCCCUUGGAUUGUGACCCUUGAUGCUCUAGAGCCCUUUGCUUGUGAUGCUCCAAAACAGGACCCUCCUCCCUUGCCGUAUCUGGCUGAAAAAAUAUCCCAAAACUAUGACAUUUCCUUAGAGGUUGGGAUUAAACCUGCUGGACAUAAAAAUUCGUGCAUUGUCACAAGGAGUAACUUAAAGCACUUAUAUUGGACACUGACUCAACAACUCGCACACCAUACAAUCAAUGGUUGCAACUUAAGGCCAGGCGAUCUCCUUGGAACUGGAACCAUAAGUGGACCUGAAGCGGAAUCUUUGGGAUGCUUGCUAGAAUUAACAUGGAAUGGACAAAAGCCAGUAUCUUUGGAUGGAACAACCCGUGGAUUUCUUGAAGAUGGAGAUGAAGUCACUAUCACUGGUUAUUGCAAGGGCAAUGGUUACAAAGUUGGGUUCGGAACAUGCUCAGGCAAGAUUCUUCCAUCAUCUCCUUGAGGAAAAUGUUGGCCCUGGUGAUCAGAAUAAGUGCUCGUUUCUCACUUUACCUCAAACUUGGGUUGAAUAAUUGUAGAGCCUAGAAUUUCAUGCACAGUUUUUUGCUAUUGUUUUAGUGAACUGAAGUACAUGUCGUAUCUUGGCCAGGGGCUAGAAAUCUUCUUUAUGCUGUGUGUUUCAUUUUUGGCGCUGCCCUAUAAUGCAUUAGGAAGCACGACAAUGAUGAGUUCUUUGAAAUAUUAUCGCCUUUUGAGCAGUAA